AAAGACAUCUUGGAGAGCAAAAGCGCCACUGGAGUUGGUACAUGCAGACAUAUGUGGUCCAACCCGAACACAAUCACUCAGCUGCAAAAGAUACUUUCUACUAUUUGUAGAUGACUUCACCAGAAUGAUGUGGGUAUUCUUUCUGGAGCAAAAGUCAGAAGCUUUUCCCAAAUUCCUUCAAUUCCAAGCAAUAGCUGAGAAGGAAAGCGGCCAUCAAAUCAAAACUCUCCGUACAGAUCGUGGAGGAGAAUUUAUUUAUACUCCGUUCAUGGAGUAUUGCCGCAACAAUGGAAUCAAAAGGCAGUUGACGGUCCGUUACACACCACAACAAAAUGGCGUGGCAGAACGAAAAAACCGCACGAUUGUGGAGAUGGCGAGAAGCAUGCUCAAAGCACAAAAAGCUUCCCAACAACUUGUGGGCAGAAGCGGUCAAUACAACAAUUUACAUCCUCAACAGAUCACCAACCAAAGCAGUUCGAAACAAGACACCGAUACAUGCGUGGCACCACAGGAGGCCACAGGUGGAUCACCUCAAAGUCUUUGGGUGCAUAGCUUAUGCACAUAUAUCUACUCCAAACCGAGACAAGUUUGACCAGAAAGGAGAGAAGCUGAUCUUCACCGGCUACAGUGAUGAAUCCAAAGGCUAUCGUCUUUACAACCCAGUAAAGAACGAGGUGGUGGUUUCACGAGAUGUGAUCUUUGAUGAGAUGGCGGAGUGGAAUUGGGAAAAUCCAAUUUCUCAAUCUCCACCAAGUUAUGAAAUUCUAGAGGACUCAGCAACUCUAGAAGACCCCAGCAACCACCCAGAUCCAGUUGCUAGUCCAGAAAGAAAUUCUGCACCUAGCCCAGAAGGAGACAACUUCAGAGACGUCGUAACAGACUCGAAUUCACCUCCGUUGAGAACAAGGUCUUUGCGAGAAAUUUAUGAAACAAGUCAUGUUGCAUAUUUUUCUUGUGAGCCUCAAGUCUUUGAAGAAGCAGCCAAAGAAGAAGUUUGGAACGAGGCAAUGGAUGCAGAAAUUUCCAUGAUCGAGAAAAACAAGACAUGGGAGCUUGUUGAUCAACCGGAGGACAAGCCGGUUAUAGGUCUCAAAUGGAUCUAUAAGAUCAAAUUCAAUGAAGAUGGUACUAUCCAGAAGUACAAAGCUCGACUGGUGGCAAAAGGCUAUUCACAACAGCCCGGUAUUGAUUUUCACGAGACAUAUGCACCAGUAGCGAGGAUGGAGACCAUCAGAACAGUUCUCGCUCUAGCUUCUCAACUGGAGUUACCAGUAUACCAGCUGGAUGUCAAAUCAGCAUUUCUGAACGGAGAACUGGAAGAAGAAGUCUAUGUGGAGCAACCACGAGGCUAUGAGAAAAAAGGAGAAGAAGACAAAGUUUAUCGUCUCCGAAAGGCUCUAUACGGGCUGAAGCAAGCACCGAGAGCCUGGAACAGCAGAAUUGAUCGAUAUUUUCAGCAAAACAGAUUUCAAAGAAGUCCGAGUGAAGCAUCUCUCUACAUCAAAAAGGGAGAAGGAAAAGAUUUUCUAAUGGUUUGUUUAUAUGUUGAUGACUUGAUUUACACAGGUACAAGCCAACAUAUGAUCGAAGAAUUCAAAAGUACCAUGAUGAAAGAAUUCGAGAUGACGGACUUGGGACUCAUGAAGUAUUUUCUUGGGAUCCAAGUGAAGCAGUCACCUGGAGAAAUAUUUAUUUCACAGGAGAAGUACACCGAGGAUAUGCUCAAAAGAUUUCACAUGGAAAUGUGCAAACCAAUCUCAACACCGAUGCCGUUGAACGAGAAAUUGCAACGCAAUGAUGGAGCUGAAAAAGUCGAUGGAAAGCUGUACAGAAGUCUUGUCGGGUCACUCAUUUACCUGACACAUACAAGGCCGGAUAUAUGUCAUUCAGUAAGUCUUAUAUCAAGAUUUAUGAAUGAACCUAGCAAACUUCAUUUUGCAGCAACCAAAAGAAUUUUGCGGUAUCUUCAAGGUACAAAGAAAUUGGGCCUGAUGUACAAGAAAGAAGCAGAAAGCAAGCUGACUGGAUUUAUCGAUAGUGACUGGGCAGGAUCACUAGAUGAUCGAAAAAGCACAUCAGGGUACAUAUUCUGCCUGGGUUCAAAACCCAUUUCCUGGAGUUCAAAGAAGCAAAAGACUGUGGCAUUAUCUUCAGCGGAAGCAGAAUAUAUCGCAGCUACAGAUGCAGCAUGCGAAGCGGUAUGGCUAAAAAGAUUAAUUUCUAAUUUGCAGCAAAAUGAAAAUGGUCCAACCAUUAUUCAUUGUGACAACAUGUCAGCCAUAGCCAUGACAAAAAAUCCAGUAUUUCACGCAAGAUCGAAGCAUAUCGAGUUGCGUCAUCAUUUCAUCCGAGACCUCGUCAACGAAGGACUCAUCGUGAUGGAAUUUAUCAACACCGACGACCAGCCAGCUGAUAUCAUGACAAAGGCGGUCACUCGUGAGAAGUUCGAGAAGUUCAAUAAGCUUCUCCAUAUUGCAAAUUAAGAGGGGGUGUUGAAAGGUAAUUUGCAACAAUAAUUAUCAUAACCAAAAUGUCCCACUACAAUCACUUCAAGAGGACAACCCAUUUGCACAAGAUAGACAUCUCAACCUACUGCCAACAAAGAAGUAAAUUGAUUGUUAUGAGAAAAAAAUAAUUCAGCAAGUGGAUGUGAUGAAAAGAAAGCAAGCCAACCAAAUUAAUGGGUGAAUAAUUAUGUAGUCCCAUGCAUAUCAAGUUGGCAAGAAACAUGAAGUAAUUAC